CGUCGCCGCCAGUCCGCGACCGAGCGCGACCGCGUGCGUUUGCUUCAUAUACUCAUUAUGCGCCCACCAGUUGUUUUGUGAGUAAUACCAUAAACAAAACGGGAUACUAGCUAAAUCCUUCACAAUGUAAGCCUACCGUAUACCACUUGAAAUUAAUGGAUAUUAUUUAAAAAAAACAAAGUUGUAAACUUAUAUAGUGUAUUUUUCUAAUUUCAUUACAAUGAUCUAAUGAGAAAAACGAAAGGAUGGUGAAACCGGCAAUCUGUGCUGUGAAAAGUUGUGUGGUGAACAAAUACGGUUGUUCUGUUCCGGUUGUUAUCGAUUUUUCGGCGUCACUACUCCCGAACAGCUGUUUUUGGGAUGCGUAUACAGUACAUCGCUAGCAGUCGUUUUGUUUAUCUUAAUUUGUGUUUGAUUAAUUCACAGUACUUUUACUAGAAAUAUUCAAUACAAAUAAGAAUUGUAAUGAGUGUUGGCGAUGGUUCGAUAUGAAGCUCAAUAAAAAAAGUUGCAACCAAAGUGCAUGACAUAAAAAACGGAAAAAAUCGGAAGUGAUCAGAUUUGUAGUGUUGUGAAGUGAUUAAAAAUCGGUGAUUGGAAAAUAUAUUGUUAUUAAGUUUCACCGAAGUGUACAUACAAUUUAUACAAAGCAAGGAAAUCUGUGAGUGAUCAAAAUUCGGUGGGAUAUUGUGCACCACGUAUUGGAUUUACCUUGUUAUUGUGGAUUGAGAGGUGAAAAUAAGGUGGUGAAGUGGUUGAGCACGAGAGGCGAUGUUGGGCGGGGCGGCGGGGGGCGCCCGCUCCCGCCCGCCCACUGACCUGCACCAAGGUGCGGCCCGAUUUCCUCUGUACUCACUGUUUCCGACACCAGGAAGCAAUCGUCCCACUUUACACAAAGUAACGGAGAGUCUGUUUGCGACCUCCCUGUCCACAUUGGGAGUACCAACCCCUCCCCCCAACUCACCAUACUCGCUGCAACUGGAGCUGCUCAACUGCUCGCAGCGGCUCCUCGUCACUGACAAGGAUAAAAUGGAUGAAGCGAAGUUAGGCAAAGGGUGUCUUCCUGAUUCUCUCUGCUGCCCUGGUGACCGCCAGGUCAUCGACGGACUCGGCGUCAUGCAGCCGCUCACGAUAAAGACGGAGCAGGCCAAGCGGUCCUGCAACACGUGUUUGACUAAUUCGCCCAAGAAAGUUGUGCACACCGAGGGCGGAUGUAGCCGAACGAACCCCGUGACCUGGCUGGGGGUCGCGGGUCAAAACGUCCAAGUUCAAGUGAAGAGGGAGCCACAACAUGUCCAUGUCUCUGAACUUGUUGCGGUCAAACUGGAACAGGCUUCGCCGGGCAACAAGCCUGACCACCCGCCUUCAAUACCGGCCUCCUUGAACAAUGGCUCCAUUCCCGUGGGAAUAGCGGUGGCGCGGCAAAGGGUCGGCGAUGCCGGCCUCCUCGCCGCGCUCUCCCAGAAAGACAACCAACAACGAAUGCACGAUAUCGACGCGGCGCAAGCGGCCAUGACGGUGGGCGUGGCCAACGUACUCUGCGACGAUCGCCCGGCCCCUCUCGCCUGGCCGGCUCCACCCCCUGCCGCACCGCCCGCGCCCCUCUGGCAGUACCCAACCGCCCAAGUGUCGAUGGAGAGCAUGAUGGUGGGAGGAGUCGGCGUUGGCGGCGUGGGCCCCGUCGGCGGCGGCGUCUCCUCUAUGGGGGGCUACCAACUGGUCCGCGAACCCACAACCGGCGCGUUACUUCUGCUGCCCGCGCCGCCAGACCUCCCGCACACCGUCGUCUGGGGCGGCGUCCCGUACCCCUCCGCUCCUCUCCUCCUCCCGCCUGCCCCGCACCCGUCCCAUCUGCAACUCUUACCAGGCGACCUCCUAGCCUCUACUGCUACUCUGCAACAUACGCAUACUCAUUCUACCAGAUUGGUCACCCUAGCCCCAGCUCCACAACCUCAACCGCAUCCAUCCCAUACUGACAAGCGGAAACCCAUCAUACAACCUCUUCUUACCCCUCACGCUCUUAUAAAAAUAGAACCCGAACCACCUCAGGAGAAACCACCACCACCGCAAUUUGCGCCAGAACCUAUGCAGCAACCCGUCAUGACCACACAUUUGUAUUAUCAACCAGAUUUUGCAGAACAAGCGUGUAGGAGUCAAGCCACCUCUCCGGCUGCACCACCAACGCCGCCUCCUGAAACUCCUGAAGUCCCAGCACAUAGAGAUGCUUCAAACCAAACAGACCACAUCGAUGAUGAUGACGAUUCCCCAAAUCAAGCUGAUGAAGACGAGAGAGAUGUCGCUUGUAUCGGUGUUGCCCAUUUUCCUGAGGAAUCUUCUGCGAUGAUGCAAACACAAACAUCAAUUUUACAACCUGGCUUAAGCUCAGUAGCGUCCAUAGAUAGCGCGGAAGACUCAUCAUCCGAAUGCCUGGCAAAUUCAUCGGUGGUUGGAGCUGUAGAAAAAGCUAUAGAUGCAAUAGAAAGAGAUGAAUCGUUGGAUAAUUCAAGUAGUGGUGGUUCUAAUGAUUUAGUUAUUGAUACAGGUAGUACUUCACCAAUUUCACAACCUUUAUCAGCACAAACUAGUUCAAGGUCAAUGGUAGAUGUAAGCGGAUUAGAAUUAUUGUCCAAUAGUAUUGAACAGUUUGAAAGAACUACUCCAGGAACCAGUAUGCCUACACUAGAGCCUGGUCCACUAACAAUCGACACCAGAACUUCAUCAAAAUUGAAUAUUUUGAUUAAAACUUCUCCGAAAUCUCCACGUAUUGCAGAACCAGAACAAACUAGAAGAUUUGAAUUUUCUACAGCAGAACCAAGUACGAGCGCACGAGCAAAACCUUCUCUCGACGGUCUUGGUUUGUUGUGUGCGUUAGCUGAGCAACGGUUUAUGGAGGAAGUGGUUGAAAGUCCGCCACCUAUGUCUUCCCGUCCAUUUAUUAAAAGUGAGCCUUUAAUGAGCCCUACUGAUAGGGACAGAAUAUCUCAAAAGAAAGAGAAACAUAGGCAUAGAGAUGGCGACUCUUCAAGUGAGAGGAAAAGAAAAAGGAGCCAAGAUAGAGAGGAGCGAUUAAGACAUAAGCUUGAUAAAAUGCGUCGACACAAACGUGAGAGAGAACACGACGAAGGAAGAGGGAGAGGAGGGGAAUUAGAGGCUAGUUUGCGUCGCAUUACUGCCUGUUCAUGUGGUUUAUCGUCUUGCUCACAUGCCCCGGCCGUGGCUUCUGCACAAGAUCUUGUGAAUGCCAUGGAAAAAGACAUGCGAGAAAGAUUACAAGAUUUGCAAAGACAAUGUGAUGAAAAACGAGCACAAUUAAAUGCUUUGACUCCGCCCUUACCUGCCUUAUCUACACCUUCGCCAGCUUCUUCUACACCAGCCUUAUCACCGGAUUCAGAUAGAGGAUCCUCUAAAAAACGGAAAGUUGGAAGACCUCGGAAGGUUUCCAGUCCUGAUUCUACGGAAACGAUCGUAGCUAAGAAACCUAAAUCUAAGAGCAGUAUCGUGGGAUAUCUUUUAGCGAAAGGUAAACUGAAAGGCGGAAUACUAUGUACAAGAGGUGAGCCUUCAAGAGAAGAUGGUCGGACUAGCAAAGUUCGUCCAAAAUUAAAAGCGGAGCCAAUUUUGAAAAUACAUUCCGAGGAAGAUGAUAAUGAAUGGAGCCUUAAUAGAUCCGCGAGUUCCUCUAUGGAAAGUUUGAAUGAAGUUCGACAGAAAAAUAGGGAGAAAGUGGAUCGUUUAGCUCGGAAGCAUUCAAGAGAUGAUUUGCCGGAAUUGGAAUUUGCCAUGAGGCGAGGCAGUGGGUCUAGUGAUAGAGAUAAGGAGCGUCGUCGUGCUAAAAAGAGGCGGAAGAGUGUUAAAUCUAAAGAUAAAAAUGAUGGGACCACAGGAGAGGCAGGUUCCUCAGAACCAGUGGUACAAGCAGUUUCUAGAUGUACUCUCACGGAAGAUAAACUUGAUUCAUCUCCUCGGGUGCUUACUGCCAUGGGUGGGUUAUUCUAUGCUGGCAAACUUAGUGCAGUCCAAGCACCUGAUGUAUAUGCUAUUACGUUAGAUGGAGAGCGAGGGAAUAAACCUCAUAUACUGUCAAGAGAAGAAACAUUGAGGGAUGCUAUCUUAGAAGUGAGUCCCACAUCGGUAACGGAAUUGCCAUCUGGCUCUCGUAUUUGCGCCUACUGGUCGCAGCAGUACCGCUGCCUGUACCCAGGUACAGUGGCCGUCUCGUCUCCAGACCCACAUGACGACAAGUUCGUGGCGGUGGAGUUCGACGAUGGGGACUCAGGGAGGAUAGCCAUUGAAGACAUCAGGUUUUUGGAGCCGAACUACCCUGUUGUCGAAUACGAAAACCCGCUGUUCACGUUAGGGAAGCGAAGAAGAAAUACCAGUGUUACAGAAGAAAAGAAAGUAGUACCUUAUACCAGUGCUGAAGUAAAAUCCAACUCGGAAACGAGACAGAAAGAGCAAAAUGAAGAAGACAAACAUAGAGAUCGGAAAAAAUUGAAAAAGCACAGAAAAGAAAAGAUGAAACGUCAGUCUAGUGAAGACGACCCUACAGCCGGUGAUUAUGUUAAAAAGAAGAAGAAGAAACAUAAAUGCUGCGAAGAACAUUGUAAACAUAGACGACAUCACAAGAAACAUCACAGGAAACACAGAAAAAGACAUCACUCUAGCUGCAAAGAACAGUCAAGCUCUUCAGGCGAUGAUAAUCAAAGACACAAGUCGUCGUCCGAUUAUAUUGAUUCUAAUAAAUCCAAUGAAGAUUCAGUCGAUUCUAAUGAUAGACUAUCAACGUUAAUAGCGGUUGAGAAAUCGCCAGAUGAGAAAAUGAAGACUGUUAUCAAAAAAGCUGUUUUGUCGAAGAAGGCGUUGGUUAAAACAGCCAUACUGGACUUCAGCAAUUUGGGCAAGAUAACUCUGAAAAAAGACGAAGAACCUAAAGAUAAUUUGAAAGAUAGUGGCAUAGGGUUGGAAGAUGAGCCCAUGGCUUCGACUAGCGACGGUGGCAAAAAGAAGACAAAGAAGCGCACUGUGUCAUCGUCAUCUGAUGGCGCUUGCGGCGGGGUCAGCAAGAUGGCCGCCUUCCUACCUGGCGGGGCGCUGUGGCGCUGGCACGGGCCUGCCUACAGACGGACGGCAAGACCCAGGCACCGCAAGUUGUUCUACCGGGCUAUACAGCGAGGGGAAGAAAUUUUGAAUGUGGGCGACGCGGCAGUGUUCCUGUCGACGGGCCGGCCCGACCGGCCCUACAUCGGGCGCAUCGUGUCGCUGUGGGAGGCGCGCGGCGCCAUGGCCGUGCGCGUCAACUGGUUCUACCACCCUGAGGAGACCACGGGACUCACUGCGCCGCUUCACUAUCCGGGAGGCCUGUUCGAAUCUCCCCAUAUGGAUGAGAACGACGUCCAAACGAUAUCACACAAAUGUGAAGUUUUACCACUGGCGCAGUACAAGGAGCGCAUGGGCGAUGACCCGGUGAAAUACAGCACUGUGUACGAUAACAACGAUGUGUAUUAUUUAGCCGGGCAUUACGACCCCACGCAACAGAGUCUGCGAAUGGAAUCCGACAUUCCUUUCGCAACAACCUCCUAAGCAGUUAUAACUGCCUGGUAUUUUCGACCAGGCAGUUGAUUUUUUUAUGGUUGGAGGGAGAAUCGUGUGAGGUCAAAAUAAGGUGCUGCGCACUUCCAAUUUGUCCUGGCCUCAUAGUUUUCUGACCAACUUGAAUUUUUGCAGUGCAAUCAAAAAGUUUUGAUCGUUGUAAUAGAUAGAUUCGUCAAUAGGUUUAAUUGAAAGUACAGAUUUUUACUACUAUCUCGAUGUUUAGAGUGUGUAUGAGUAGAUUCUUUUGCAAUUCGUGUAACAUGGAAUGUUCCACAUAGCUUGGAUCACUUAAUACAAGGUCUUAAAGUACAAUGUAGAUUUUGAAGCUCAAUUUGUGACAAUUUUUCACCUUACCCGUCCUCGAGACGAUUUAUAUCGACUACAAACGAACAUGUUAAAGUUACCCUUGUUACGUUAUAUAGCGGUAUCCAUUUUGGAAUGUUGAUGUUUCUUGGGGUUUGCGUGGGCCGAGUUUGUGAGUAAUGGUGGUUAUGACAAUAGACUUUACGAGAAAAGAAUAAGGUAUAAAAAUCGGGCGACCGAAUUGGUGAUGACAUGUGAUUUAUUUUUUAUACGUCUAACGCUGUAAUCUCAGUGUACAGGUAGUUGUAUUUUCUAUGUAUAUUAUUAUUCUAUUUCUUAGAUUUUUAUGUAUACGUAGUUUUUCAUCAUAUAAAAUGUCUAUUAUCAUUGAAAUGCAAUACUGUUUCAGCUAGUCCAUUAUUUUAUUCAAAAUUACCCAGUGAACUUUCUUAGUCGUGCUUUUGAUAUUUUUUUGGAUAAAUUAUGUCAUACUAAAUAUUGCCCGAUGUGGUUCUAUGAACUGUUUGUUAUUUAUAUUGUUUUUUCACUGAUUUUUAUAUUUUUUGGUUGAUAAUAUUAUGUUAAUUAAAGUAUUCUUUAUAUUAUCAAAAUGGUGCUAGAUGCUUCGUACUAUCGUUUAUUUUCGGCAUAGUUAAGAUUGUAUAUAGAUAUUUUCCGAAAGUAGCCAGUAUGCUUUAUGCUCUUACUAUAUACACGCAAUAAUUAUAGUUUCUAAAUUGCUUGAUCUAAACGUUGCCAUUUACCAUUAAAACUAUUAAUCUUUAUAUUUUAUACGUAUUAUUUCUACAGGGUAUGAUCGAAACCCUGCUUUUUAUCCUUUUCAUUCAUAUCUGAAGUACAUAAAGGGACUGAAAAGACAGGGAUGUAGGUAGGUCGACCAUGAUAGGGCUGUAGGUAGGUUUUGUACGAGUGGCCAAUGAGUUUGUAAGAAAAUGUUGGAAAUUAUUCAGCCUUUAUGUCGUUAUUAUAAGUUAGAUGACUUAACGUUGUAUUUUUAAGCUCGUUCGGUCUUUUUAAGUGGCCAAAUAACUUUUAUAUCUUCUAGAGUACAUAAAGUACUUCAUAUAUAUUUGCGUGCGUCGUACUUUUCGUUUUAAAUAUACGAUUUAGAUACCUAAGUUUUUUAUAAGUUGUAAUAUUAGGACACUGUUUUUUCUUUUUUAUGUAAGCAUACAUAUACACACUUAACCUAUCGAAUCAAUGAAUGAAAGACAAUUAUAUAUAAAUAAAGAGAAAAACUAAAGUGCGAAUUUGGAAACAAUAUUGAAAGAAAGUGGUAUUUUUAUAUUAUCAUAAAGUAGCUUGUUAUUUUAAAAAAUAAAGGUAUCUGAGAAAGUUAUUAUAAAUAAGUACAAACUUGAUGUUGAUGAUCGAAGUUGGCUCGGCCCAGCUGAUGUAUACUAACUUAGGUUAAUUUCGUAAACUUUAAAACAGCCUUAGGCAUUGAGUUAAUGCUUUACUCCAUCGAAGACUGUUGUAAACUUUAUGAAUUAUCCCCAAUAAUCAUAGUGUGUAACGGGAAAGCCAUAAAAAUAUUAGAUUUAAAGAUUAAUAAUAUAUCAGCAUUGAUAAUAUAAAGAUUAUAAAUACGCUUAAAUAAAAUAUUUUUGGCUGAA